AGAUGGUUCUGUCACGUUACGAAUGUUGUGUUGGCACGGCGAGGCAGGCUGUCAGCAACGCCUGAAUGGCCCUCCCUCUCGACAAUAGGCCGUAUGGAAGCUAAGUUUGAAAGUGAUGAUGAAACAGUGAAUGGGAGAGAUUAUGAACUAGAAAGGCAUAAAGCACAAGUUCUGGCAGAAGUGGAUGCAAUUUUUGGCUUUAAGCAGAAAAGUAGUGAAGCAGCAGUUAAUGAUGUUGAAGAAACAUCAAAAGGAAAUGCAGAGAAAGUGUAUAACAGAGAACAACAGAGUAGUAAAUAUAAUGAAUAUACACACAACAGAGAAAAAGAAGUACAAAGCACAGGUUUUUCUGAACCCUUCAUGAUACCCAAAGAUACUAGAUAUAUGAUGAGUCCAAAAGAGGCAGCAGAAUACAGUGAAAGAAGUACUGAAAAUCAUGAAGAAAGAAAUGAACAAAGAGAGAGAGACCCAACAGAAUCACAUUCCCAAGAAGAAAGUGAAAGAGUGGAAGCAAGUGAAAGAGAGAAUGAUGUGCCAAUGGAAACAGAAAAUGUGCACUAUCGGCAGCUAAUGAAAUUUGACUUCGAGUCUCCUGUUGAAGCUCUGGAUUAUAAGAAGUGUUUUCAAGAAAUGGCAGAGAAUUAUACAAAAGGAUGUAAAUGGUCUCCAGAUGGCUCAUGUUUGUUGGUUGGGAGUGUGGACAAGAAGCUGCGUCUCUUCAACCUUCCGAAUCCAGUGGCAAUGGGACAAUGUCUAGAUGAAUCUUGGCAAGAAGAAAGCGAACGAUACAACCUUCCAGCUGUUACAGUCCGGGAAAGAGAACUCAUCUAUGAUUAUAUGUGGUAUCCUCACAUGCGUUCUGAUAAUCCCCAGUCUUGCUGUUUUGCAGUGACUUGUCGUGAUCAGCCAGUCCAUCUGUGGGAUGCCUGGAAUGGAAAUCUUGUCUGCAGUUAUCAGUCCUAUGAUCACUUGGAUCAGUUGGUGGCAGCAAAGAGUAUCGGAUUCAGUCUGGAUGGCUCCAUGCUUCUCUGCGGCUUCAAGAAAACCAUCCGAAUAUUCCACACAAGUCGACCUGGCAGAACUUUUGAGGCCAUUGAUGCUAAAGGUCAGCCUGGAAUUAUAUCGUGUAUGGCCUUUAACCCACAACUGCCAAACAUCUUUGUUGCUGGGAGCUACCUUGGCAAUUUAGGGUUUUACAACACUAGAAGGAACAAUCUUUUCUGUCGACUAGAUGGAUGCACAGGAGGCGUUACACAGGUUGCUUUCUCUCCUUGUGGAAUAAAAUUGUAUAGCGGAACACGAAAGGACGAUGAAAUUCUUUGCUGGGACAUCAGGAAGUUAGGGACUAUUUUGUAUAGUUUGAAGAGGGAGAUCAGCACAAAUCAGAGAAUCUCCUUUGAUUUAGAGCCACAACUCUGCAGGUUCCUUGUGUCGGGGGACACAAGAGGCAAGGUACAGAAAUGGGAUUUAGAGCAGCAAGGAACAACUGAACUUGAUGACAGUGUGCCAGUUCUGGAACCUAGUGCAUCUUUUCAGGCUCAUAAAGACUGCUGUAAUGGAAUAAGCCUGCAUCCUUACAGUGCCAUUUUAGCUACUAGCUCUGGGCAGAGACACUUCCCAGAGCCAGUGGAAAGUGACUCCAGUUCCAAUGAAAGUGCAUCGAAACCCAUGUUUUCCAAGAAGAAAAUCACACAAGAAAACACUGUGAAAUUAUGGUGGCUUGGAGGGCGAAGCUAAACCAUUCCAAUCACCAGUGAUAUAAUUAGCUAUUUGUAGAGCUGGACUUUUACAGAGAAAAGACCUGUUUUGUUUACGGGAUUUUGAAGAAAGUUUCUGAACCUCUACUAUUUUUUACAUUAAAUUGUUAUGAAAAUAUCCCAAAAGUAACAGGGAAUUAUCAUAUUUGCCUUGUUCUAUUUUUUUUUUUUUUUUAUUGGGAAUAAAAUGUUUCACACAGUAUUAAUAUGAUUAUCCAUUUGGUUUUGUAUAUCAAAAUUAUAUAACAUUUAUAAAAUUGAUAUAAUCAAAAUGAGGAAUUUGCAUUUUAUUAAUAAUCAUAAUGUGUGGUACUGUAGAUUCCAGAUUCCACUACAGAAACCCAGCCAUGGUCUCUGAGCUACUUCCGUCUACCCAGCCUCCUUUUUAGAUGACACUAAAUCCUUUCCCCAGACACAUACAACCUGACUUUAAAUGUUAUGACUGCAUAAUAUUUUCUAAGACAAUCAUAAACUUUAGAUCAGGGGGUAGCAACCUGUGUGCAGUAAUUUUGCCUCGUCUAGCUUUUUGCUAAAUGUUGAGACCUAGUGACACAGUGCAUCAAGUCAACACAAAUUGAUGAAUCUAUUCUUGUGGCAUAAUGUUACUCAAAUAAACAGUAUGUCUACUUCAUUAAUACUUGCAAUUAUGUAUGCCAAUGUUUAUCACCAUUGACAUUUAUUGAUUUUCAUGUAAAUAAUUCUAAUUAGAGCAAAGUUAUUGCGGUUCUGUUUUUAUUAUAUCAUGAAUAUAUAACUUGUCAUUUAAUUUGUAUUUUAAAACAUUACAUUAAUAUGUUCAUCAAUACAUUCCCCAAGAUUUAAUAAAAGGAAACAUGUUUCAUAAUAA